UUUUAAUCUAAAUUUUGAUGCAGUUUGGGUUGAAAAUGAAUUUAAAAGUGUGUUAACGUCAAUAUUUUUUGAUCUCGUAAUUAUUUACAAAUUUAAUAAAAUUAUUAUUUUUUAUUAGAUUGGUGGUGCUGUUGAUAAUUGCUUGACGUUCUCAUAAGUGUCAUAACCUUAAAAUUAUUAAUCAAUUAAUAAAAAUAAAUCCAACAGUCAUGUCUGACAUAACAUUUUCAGCCAAAGCCUAUUGUAAAAUAAUAUUACACGCGGCGAAGUACCCUCAUUGCUCCGUAAAUGGAGUUUUAUUAUCGAAGUCGUCGGCAGCUAAAAGUAAGGAAAUAGAGUUUGUGGAUGCUGUCCCCCUUUUCCAUAUCGCCCUUAAUUUAACACCAAUGGCUGAGAUUGCCUUGAUGCAGAUUGACGAACUUGCUUCACAAAAAGGGCUAGUGAUAUCGGGUUACUACACUGCUUUCGAGAAUUUGAGAGAAUGUUCUUUUGAAAAAGCCAGUCAUCGAAUAUCGGAAAAACUACCUUCGAAUUUUCCAUCACCUUGUCUCGUUGUUGUUGACAACUGCAAACUGGGCAUUAAUUUGGAUAACAUUGCUUUAAGAGUGGCGCAGUUCAUAGAUGGUAGUUACAAGCCAUCAGAUACAAAUCGCAUUUGUUUAAAACCAGACAGAACAUUGGAUAUCUGUUCUAAUCUUUUAGAAAGGAAUGAAUAUGAGCUAAUUGAUUUUGAUAAUCAUUUGGACAAUAUUAGUUUGGACUGGAUGAACCCUCAGUUGAAUGCGGAAAUAGAAGAUUUGGUUGGAAGGUUUAAUUAAACUUGAAGUUAACAACCAGACGUGCUGCAGGUAUUACAAGGCCACUUAAACCAGUUUUGAGGCAUUUACAUUCUGUAUUGUAUUUGUUUUUUAUUUAUUGUUGCGAAUAAAGUAUUGUCUAGAGUUUAUACAACACUUAAAAGAUUCAUUGCAAUAAACAAAUUGAUAAAAUGA